CUUGGGCUCGCUCGGGAGGAAGAGUUUGGCGGGAGCCGGAGUGCGCGAGGACACCUCUUGGAAGAGACGCCCGGGACGCCGCCGAACCCGCCGUGGCGGUCUGUGUAGAUGAGCGACUGCCGCAGGAGCUGAAAGGCGGCAAAAGAAUUCAAGAUGCCACCCAACAUAAACUGGAAAGAGUUAAUCAAGGUUGACCCAGAUGACCUACCACGCCAAGAAGAGCUGGCAGAUAAUUUAUUGAUUUCCUUAUCCAAGGUGGAAGUAAACGAACUAAAAGAUGAAGAACAAGAAAAUGUGAUACAUCUAUUCAGAAUUACUCAGUCUUUAAUGAAGAUGAAAGCUCAGGAAGUCGAGCUAGCCUUGGAAGAAGUCGAAAAGGCUGGAGAAGAACAAGCAAAAUUCGAAAAUCAAUUAAAGACAAAAGUAAUGAAACUGGAAAAUGAACUAGAGAUGGCUCAGCAUUCUGCAGGUGGACGUGAUACUCGGUUUUUACGUGAUGAGAUUCGUCAACUUGAAAAGCAAUUGGAACAGAAAGAUAGAGAAUUAGAGGAUUUGGAAAAAGAGCUGGAUAAAGAGAAGAAAGUUAAUGAACAGCUGGCUCUUCGAAAUGAGGAGGCAGAAAAUGAAAACAGCAAAUUAAGAAGAGAGAAUGAACAGCUUCGUCAGGACAUUAUUGACUACCAGAAACAAAUAGAUUCACAAAAAGAGUCACUUCUAUCAAGGAGAGGAGAAGACAGUGACUACCGAUCACAGCUGUCUAAAAAGAACUAUGAACUUGUUCAAUAUUUGGAUGAAAUUCAGACGUUAACGGAAGCUAAUGAGAAAAUUGAAGUUCAGAACCAAGAGAUGAGAAAAAAUCUAGAAGAGUCUGUCCAGGAAAUGGAGAAGAUGACUGAUGAGUAUAACAGGAUGAAGGCUCUUGUGCACCAGACAGACACUGCUAUGGACCAGAUAAAGAAAGAGAACGAGCACUAUCGACUUCAAGUGCGAGAGCUCACAGAUCUUCUGAAAGCAAAAGAUGAAGAGGAUGAUCCAGUCAUGAUGGCUGUCAAUGCAAAAGUGGAAGAAUGGAAGUUAAUUUUGUCUUCCAAAGAUGAUGAAAUCAUUGAAUAUCAGCAAAUGUUACAUAAUCUGAGAGAGAAACUUAAAAAUGCCCAACUUGAUGCUGAUAAAAGUAACAUCAUGGCUCUGAAACAGGGAAUCCAGGAACGAGACAGUCAAAUUAAGAUGCUUACUGAACAGGUAGAACAGUACACGAAAGAAAUGGAAAAAAAUACUUUUAUUAUUGAAGAUUUGAAAAAUGAGAUCAAGAAAGACAAAGGUACUUCAAGCUUUCAUCAGCAGACUAAUUAUAUGAAGAUUCACUCAAAAGUACAAAGUCUAGAAGAGAAAGCCAAAGAGGCUGAGCGAAUAGCCGACCUGGCUGAGGCUGAUGCCAGGGAGAAGGAUAAAGACUUGGCUGAGGCUUUGAAGAGAUUAAAAGAUUAUGAAUCUGGUGUAUAUGGCUUAGAAGAUGCUGUUAUUGAAAUAAAGAAUUGUAAAGCCCAAAUUAAAAUAAGAGAUGGAGAGAUUGAAGUAUUGACCAAGGAAAUCAAUAAACUUGAGAUGAAGAUCAAUGAUGUCCUUGAUGAAAACGAAGCCCUUAGAGAACAGGCCGGCCUUGAACCAAAGACAAUGAUUGAUUUAACUGAAUUUAGAAACAGUAAACGCUUAAAACAGCAGCAGUACAGAGCUGAAAACCAGAUACUUUUGAAAGAGAUUGAAAGUCUCGAGGAAGAACGACUUGAUUUGAAAAGAAAAAUUCGUCAAAUGGCUCAAGAAAGAGGAAGAAGAAAUGCAGCUUCAGGAUUAACCAUGGAGGACUCGAACCUAACUGAAAAGUUUUCUCAGGAAGAUAAAAUAGGAGAAAGACAACUAAAUUUUAUGAGCCUCAAAAGCAUGAAUGAAACACAAUCAAAGAAUGAAUUUCUUUCAAGAGAACUAAUUGAGAAGGAAAGAGACUUAGAAAGAAGUAGGACGGUAAUUGCUAAAUUUCAGAAUAAAUUAAAAGAAUUAGUUGAAGAAAAUAAGCAACUUGAAGAAGGCAUGAAAGAAAUUUUGCAAGCUAUUAAGGACAUGCAGAAGGACCCUGAUGUGAAAGGAGGUGAAACUUCUCUAAUCAUCCCAAGUCUGGAAAGACUGGUUAAUGCUAUAGAAUCAAAGAAUGCAGAAGGAAUCUUUGAUGCCAGUUUGCAUUUGAAAGCCCAAGUUGAUCAACUUACAGGAAGGAAUGAAGAAUUAAGGCAAGAACUCAGGGAGUCUCGGAAAGAGGCUAUAAAUUAUUCACAGCAGUUGGCAAAAGCAAACUUAAAGAUUGAUCAUCUGGAGAAAGAGACUGAUCUUCUCCGCCAGUCUGCAGGAGCCAAUGUAGUUUACAGAGGUGUAGACUUGCCUGAUGGGAUAGCACCGUCUAGUGCCCAUAUCAUCAAUUCCCAGAAUGAAUACUUAAUACAUCUUUUGCAGGACCUAGACAAUAAAGAAAAGAAGUUAAAACAUUUAGAAGAUUCUCUUGAAGAUUAUAACAGAAAAUUUGCAGUAAUUCGUCAUCAACAAAGUUUAUUAUAUAAAGAAUAUCUAAGUGAAAAGGAGACGUGGAAAACAGAGUCUGAGACAACAAAAGAGGAGAAGAGGAAGCUUGAGGACCAAGUCCAGCAGGAUGCUGUGAAAGUGAAGGAGUAUAAUAAUCUGCUCAGUGCUCUUCAGAUGGAUUCAAAUGAGAUGAAGAAAAUGCUUUCGGAAAACAGUAGGAAAAUCACCGUUUUGCAAGUGAAUGAGAAGUCCCUCAUACGGCAGUAUACAACCCUGGUGGAAAUGGAGCGGCAGCUUAGGAAAGAAAACGGGAAGCACAAGAAUGACUUAGUGUCAAUGGAAGCUGAAGUUACUGAAAAAAUUGGAAGUUUGCAAAGAUUUAAGGAAAUGGCUACCUUCAAAAUUGCAGCUCUCCAGAAAGUUGUAGAUAAUAGUGUCUCUUUGUCUGAACUUGAACUUGCCAAUAAGCAAUACAAUGAACUAACUACUAAGUACAGGGACAUACUGCAGAAAGAUAACAUGCUUGUUCAGAGGACAAGUAACCUGGAGCACCUGGAGUGUGAAAAUGCAUCUUUAAAAGAACAAAUGGACGCCAUAAGUAAAGAGCUGGAGAUUACAAAGGAGAAGCUGCACACCAUUGAACAAGCCUGGGAACAAGAAACUAAAUUAGGAAAGGAAUCAAACAUGGAUAAGGCAAGAAAAUCAAUGACAAAUAGUGACAUUGUUUCUAUUUCCAAAAAAAUCACUGUGUUGGAGAUGAAGGAAUUAAAUGAAAGGCAGAGAGCUGAACACUGUCAGAAAAUGUAUGAACACCUGAGGACCUCCGUAAAACACAUGGAAGAACGGAAUUUUGAAUUGGAAACCAAAUUCACUGAGCUUACCAAAAUCAACCUGGAUGCCCAGAAGGUGGAGCAGAUGCUGAGAGACGAACUAGCUGACAGUGUGAGCAAGGCCGUGAGUGAUGCUGAUAGACAGCGCAUUCUCGAGUUAGAGAAGAAGGAGGUGGAGCUCAAAGUUGAAGUGUCUAAACUGAGAGAGAUUUCUGAUAUUGCCAAAAGACAAGUUGAGUUUUUGAAUACGCAGCAACAGUCCAGGGAAAAGGAAGUGGAAUCCCUCAGAAUGCAGCUUCUGGACUACCAGGCACAAUCUGAUGAAAAGGCGCUAAUUGCCAAACUGCACCAACAUGUUGUUGCUCUUCAGAUUAGUGAGGCCACUACUCUUGGUAAGUUGGAGUCAGUUACAUCUAAACUCCAGAAGAUGGAGGCCUACAGUUUGCGCCUAGAGCAGAAACUGGAUGAGAAAGAGCAGACCCUCUACUACGCUCGCCUGGAAGGCAGAAACAGAGCAAAACACCUGCGCCAAACCAUUCAGUCUCUGCGAAGGCAGUUCAGUGGUGCCUUACCCCUGGCCCAGCAGGAAAAGUUCUCCAAAACUAUGAUUCAGCUGCAAAAUGACAAACUGAAGAUGAUGCAGGAAAUGAAAAGUUCUCAGCAAGAGCACAGGAAUAUGGAAAACAAAACACUGGAGAUGGAAUUAAAAUUAAAAGGCUUGGAAGAAUUGAUAAGCACUUUAAAGGAUGCCAGGGGAGCCCAAAAGGUAAUCAAUUGGCAUGUCAAAAUAGAAGAGCUUCGCCUUCAGGAACUUAAACUAAACAGAGAACUAGUCAAGGGUAAAGAAGAAAUCAAAUACUUGAAUAAUAUCAUCUCUGAAUAUGAGCAGACCAUCAACAGUCUCGAGGAAGAAAUCGUUCAGCAGAGCAAGUUUCACGAAGAAAGACAGAUGGCUUGGGAUCAAAGAGAGGUUGAGCUGGAGCGCCAACUAGACAUCUUUGACCGUCAGCAAAAUGAAAUACUCAGUGCCGCACAAAAGUUUGAAGAGGCUACAGGAUCAAUGCCAGACCCCAGCUUGCCCCUUCCAAACCAACUUGAAAUUGCUCUAAGAAAAAUUAAGGAAAAUAUUCGAACAAUUCUUAAAACACAAGCAACUUGCAAGUCAUUAGAAGAGAAGCUACAAGAAAAAGAAUCUGCUUUACGGUUGGCAGAGCAAAAUAUUCUGUCAAGAGACAAAGUAAUCAAUGAACUGAGGCUCCGAUUGCCUGCCACAACUGAUCGAGAGAAACUUAUAGCUGAGCUCGACAGAAAAGAGCUGGAACCAAAAUCUCAGCACACAAUGAAAAUCGCCCAACAGACCAUUGCUAACAUGCAGGCAAGGUUAAAUCAGAAGGAAGAAGUCCUGAAGAAAUACCAACAUCUUCUGGAAAAAGCCAGAGAGGAGCAAAGAGAAAUUGUUAAGAAGCAUGAGGAAGACCUUCAUGUCCUUCAUCAUAAAUUAGAACUACAGGCUGAGAAUUCACUCAAUAAAUUCAAGCAGACAGCCCAGGAUUUACUAAACCAGUCUCCUGGUCCAGUACCUACCAACAAGCAUUUCAUCCGUCUGGCCGAGAUGGAGCAGACAGUAGCAGAACAAGAUGACUCUCUGGCCUCACUUCUUACCAAACUAAAGAAAGUAUCAAAAGAUUUGGAAAGACAAAAAGAAAUUACUGAGUUAAAAGUCAGAGAAUUUGAAAGCAUCAAAUUACGGCUCCAGGAGAACCAUGCAGGGGAGGUGAAGAAAGCGCAGUCAGAAGUGGAGGACUUAAGGCGUGCUCUUGUCCAAGCACAGAAGGAGGCUCACAGUUUGAAGUCUGAACUCCAGGCUCAGAAAGAAGCAAACUCAAGAGCCCCCACAACCACAAUGAAAAAUCUAGUGGACAGGCUAAAGAGCCAAUUGGCCUUGAAGGAGAAGCAACAAAAGGCACUUAGUCGAGCCCUGUUGGAACUCCGGGCCGAAAUGACAGCUGCAGCUGAAGAACGUAUUAUUGCCGUAACUUCUCAGAAAGAGGCAAAUCUCAACGUGCAGCAGGUUGUUGAUCGACAUACGAGAGAGCUAAAGUUACAAAUUGAAGAUUUAAAUGAAAAUCUUUUAAAAUUAAAAGAAGCUCUUAAAACAAGUAAAAACAAAGAAAAUUCUCUAGCUGACAACUUAAAUGAUUUAAAUAAUGAACUGCAAAAAAAGCAAAAAGCUUAUAAUAAAAUCCUUAGAGAGAAAGAUGGAAUUGAUCAAGAAAAUGACGAACUGAGAAGACAAAUUAAAAGACUGUCCAGUGGGCUACAGAGCAAACCUCUGCUAGAUAAUAAGCAAAGUUUAAUUGAUGAACUUCAAAAAAAAGUUAAAAAACUUGAAAGCCAACUGGAAAGAAAGAUGGAUGACGUCGACAUAAAACCAGUGAAGGAGAAGAGUGCUAGAGAAGAAUUAAUUAGGUGGGAAGAAGGUAAAAAGUGGCAAACCAAAGUAGAGGGAAUGCGCAGCAAACUAAAAGAGAAAGAAGGGGAAGUCCACAGUCUAGCGAAGCAGCUGAGUACUCUGAAGGAGCUUUUUGCCAAAGCUGAUAAAGAGAAACUUACACUGCAGAAGAAACUGAAAACAACAGGCAUGACUGUCGAUCAGGUUUUAGGAGUGCGAGCCUUGGAGUCGGAGAAAGAGCUGGAAGAGUUAAAAAAGAGAAAUGUGGACUUAGAGAAUGACUUGCUACACAUGAGGACCCACCAAGCUCUUCCACGAGAUUCUGUUGUGGAAGAUUUACAUUUACAAAAUAAAUAUCUUCAAGAAAAACUUCGUACUUUAGAAAAACAGCUAUCAAAGGAUGCAUAUCCUCAGUCUUUGACUUCAGAGUCAGAUGAUCAUUGUCAGAAAGAGCAAGGACUGCAGAAAGAGAACUUGAAGCUGUCAUCUGAAAAUAUUGAGCUGAAAUUUCAACUUGAACAAGCAAAUAAAGAUUUGCCAAGACUAAAGAAUCAAGUAAGAGAUUUGAAGGAAAUGUGUGAAAUUCUUAAGAAAGGAAAAAUGGACCUGGAACGGAAACUUGGUCAGGUCAGAGGGUCUGGUAGAAGUGGAAAGACAAUUCCAGAGCUAGAAAAAACUAUUGGGUUAAUGAAGAAAGUGGUUGAAAAAGUCCAAAGAGAAAACGAACAAUUGAAAAAAGCAUCAGGAAUAAUGACUAGUGAAAAAAUGACUAAUCUUGAAGAAGAAAAUGAAAAAUUAAAGACUGAAUUAGAAAAGCUUAAAGCUCACUUUGGACAUCAUUUGAGUACACAAUAUGAAUCCAAGAACAAAGGCACCGAGAAAAUUGUUGCCGAAAAUGAACGGCUUCGGAAAGAACUUAAGAAAGAAAUGGAAGCUUCCGAGAAACUGCGGAUAGCUAAGCACAGCCUAGAGCUGGUCAAUGACAAGAUGGCAGUUCAACUCGAAGAGAUGGCCAAGAGAUUACAGUUUGCAGAACAGAGAGGGCCACAGCUGGAAGGUGCUGACAGCAAGAGCUGGAAGUCAAUUGUGGUUACCAGAAUGUAUGAGACCAAGAUGAAAGAGUUCGAAAGUGAUAUUGCCAAAAAGAAUCAAAGUAUAAUUGACCUUAAACAGCUUGUACGAGAAGCAACAGAGAGAGAACAGAAAGCUAAGAAACACAUGGAAGAUCUUGAACAACAGAUUGAGAUGCUCAAAAAUGUUCCUGAAGGUGUGGAGACAGAUGAAGGGCUUAUGCGGGAACUCCAGCGCCUUAGAUUAGCCAAUAGUCAGCUGGAUAAAGAAAAGGCUGAAUUGAUCCAUCAGAUAGAAGUUAAUAAGGACCAACCUAGAGCUGGAAGCAGCACACCUGAUUCUGACCAACUAAAGGAAAAGAUAAGUGAUCUGGAGACACAGCUCAGAAAGUCAGACCUAGACAAGCAACAUUUGAUGGAGGAAAUUAAAAAGCUGAAAAAAGAACUGGAAAAUUUUGAUCCUUCGUUCUUUGAAGAAAUUGAAGACCUGAAGUACAACUAUAAGGAAGAAGUGAAGAAGAAUAUUUUAUUAGAAGAGAAGUUAAAAAAGCUUUCUGAGCAGUUUGGAUUUGAAUUACCUAGUCCUGUUGCUGCUUCUGAACAGACGGAAGAUAGAGAAAGUCCUAAUAAUUUCCCUAUUUAUUAA